AUUAUUUUAUUAAAUAGUCGCGAUGUUUUAUUUGUGAAAAUUUUCAUCGAGCAGUGCUGCUAGAAUAUUUUCGGGAAAAAGAAACAUCUUUCAAAAUGGCGUUAAUAUCCAAGAGCAGCUAUAGUUUUUUGCAUUUGUUUUUUUUCCUAUCUUGUGCAAAAGCUGCGCGAGUCUUUCUAAUCGACAAGAUGUGUGCUAUCGAGGAUACAACGUCUCUCGUGUAUUACAAGACAUAUUCAAGUUACGAACCUUGUACGGAUGUUGGCCCUCAAGCAACAUCGAUCGAUCAAUGCAAAUAUGACUGGCGCAAGAUUUGCUGUGAGCAGUUGAGUGUUAUGAUGUUGAAGCCGAAGAUAGCAACUGAGUGGUCAUCGUGGGCGUCAAAGUAUAACGCCAACGGAGUGACGCUCCAUGCACGGACAUGUCAUUCAACUGCAAUUAACACAUCACUAUGCACGACAAGGGAAGGAAAGAACGACACCAUGGAAACAGAAAUCACUUUCGAAGAAAGCGAAAAUACAGUGACGAUUCAUCAGGCUGGUUUUUAUUUUAUGGUUAUUUUCAUCGUCCUUUUGGUUCUGUCCUUAAUUGCGAUGAUUAUCUGGAAUCGUCAAAUCAAAAACAAAUAUGAAAAACAAAUAAACACUUGGAAACAGAAGCCAGAUAAUUUCCAAUUUAAUUAUUUGGACACUUCGAGUGACAAGGAAUCUUUCGGGAGCAGCAGUAAUAAUUCUGUCCAUUUGGAAACCGCUACUGUAUGAGCGCACAGUUAUAAUCAUUGAUACAGCUACCAGCACGGUUAAUGCUUAAAAUGUCGGUCGGAGAGCAACCUCGAGCUCACUCCCUUUUUGCCUUUCGUCAAUUUUUUUUCUUUCACUCUUUUUUCGUUUUGAUGAUGAUGAUGAAAUAUUAAAGUCCCAACAUUUUAUUGUAACCAUAGCUCCCAGGUUUUUUUUUCAAAAGAAGCCUUGGGUAGAUUUGGUUUAACCUCAACAUACGCUGUUUUUGUCAUCCCCGACCCAGGGUAAUUUUCCAGAUAUCUAAAGCGUCUAUCAAAUUAUGGCUAGCGAAUCCAUUCUUGAAGUGACUGACAUUCCAAAAAAAAAUCUAAAAUCAUUGGAAUAGUAAAAAUAUGGGCAAUCAUGUCCCCUUUGGUUUCGACAGCCGUGCAAUUAGGCGCAAAAAGAGCCCUGGGAACGAGGAUGUUCUUAUGCGUAGUAGAUAUUAGUUUAAACAGGGAGAUGAAAGACCUCCCUGGUUUCAGCUAAGAUUUUAACCACGAACACAGAGCAUUCUUUUGAGAAGUUUCUGCGUUUGGGUUUGGUUGAUAUUCCCAUCAUCGACUUUAGCACCUUUGCUACGGAUGUAAUAUCAUAAGCGAAAUGGCUAACUUUAAGUCGAUAUCACCACACCAACAAAAGAAGGUUACUAAGAAUUGUAAAAAUUAUUUAAAAUGUUGUGUAAAUAUUUUGGAGAGUAUAACGUUACGUCGUUAUGUAGAAAAACACGUGUUUUUAAGCUUUAGUUUGAUGUUGCAACCUACAGUGCAAAUCUAAUGCGUUCUGUAAUAAAAAAAAAUGUUUGAAAUGUGCUUAGAGACAACAUCGUCCCCAGGUCUUUAUUUUUUAAAUCAGCCUAAUGUAACUUAAAAACUGGGGACGAUGCUGCUUAGAGUAUGCCUAAUCUCCACCAUUAGACUUUCAUAUGCUGAUACAUGUUAUGUUUCCAGAAAAAUUGUAUUUAGAAUUCUGCUAAAUUUAAUGCCAGAAGGUUAGCUAAAUAUCAAAUUGGAGCUUUAGAAUAAUGGAUCAGAGUUGUCUCAAAAAUGUUACUUGAAAUAAAAUACUGGAAAAGUGUGUCCCUAAAUUACCAUACAACACAACAUAGAAAUGAAAUCUUCCCUUCCCGAUUGAGACAAACAAGUUCUAUAAAAAGACAUGUUUCUUUUUUCAAUUGAAUGAUUUGAGAGGUUUUGAGGUUUAAAUCAAUGAAUACGCGUUUUAAUUAAAAAUGUAUAUAUUAUACAAUGGUAAUUUUUGUUGUACUUUGUUAGUUUUAGAGAAUUAAAAUUGAAUGUUUUUCUAUUACUAUA